UCUCCCUCUCUCUCUACCUUCUCUAAUUUUUUCUGAACAGCCUUUCUUCACCUUCUCAAUCACCCAAAAACAAGAAACCCCGUAUAUAUACGCCAACUUUUCAUGCUUAUCACCCAUUUUCUCUCUCAUGGCUUCCGCUUCUAAUAACAAUAUGACCACCACCAUGCACCACAGCCCACCCCCCUAUGGAUCUGACCCGUCCUCGCUCGACACCACCUUUGUGCAAGCCGACUCGUCAACCUUCCGCACCAUUGUUCAAAAGCUAACUGGAGCAACCGACGACCCAUCAACCCAAAAGCUCCCAAUCACCCACCCUAAUCGUUCCUCUGUAAUUCCAGGCCCUAAAAGACCUGCAUUCAAACUUCAAGAAAGGAGACAGAGCGCCAAGAACUUAGAAAUCAACCUUAACAGCAAUUCUACAAUCAGCAACAGCUUCGAGCAUCCUGACCUCUUGCAGUUCAGACAGCGAACUGGUUUCUUGGUGUCCCCGGUGUCAACUUUGGACUUCUUUUGUGCGCGCGCAAGCCCUAGGUCACCCUACGAAGAGUUUUGUUCCCGUGGGGGUUCCAGUGAGGAGGAAGAGAGAGCCAUUGCUGAAAAAGGGUUUUAUCUGCAUCCAAGUCCUUUGACCACUCCCAGAGGAGUUGAGCCUCCUGAGCUAUUGCCCCUAUUCCCCUUGCGUUCUCUUAGAGACUACAAAGAGGAUCAAGAUGAUGAUCGCAAUUCUUGUUCUUGAAUCAGGAAUCUACUAAUCUAGAGGGCUAGUUAUAGAAUAUGCCAAUUUCUUUAACGUUCCUUUGAUGGAAAUGUUAAUUAUCUUAGUUAACUGUUAAUGAAUGGGGUGAUGAGCCAAUAGAAGUGAUUUGGCGCCUGUGGAUAAGUA